AUGGUUUCUUCCCAAUUUUCUGGUUUUCUACCUUUAGACAGUGUCUUUACCGUUUCUAGCACUGCAUUGUUUGCUUCCUCUAUUGUUUUGCAAAGAGCAAUUUUGAAAAAGCCACGUUUCUUUACUACCAAUCAUACCAUGAACCUAUUAUUUCGUCCUACUUUGUUUGCCUGGAAAGUGUUCUCAACUACUUCAAUUAUAACAGCUUCUACGUUUGCAUCUUCUUUGUGUAUAUUAAUGGCGGUAACGGGUUCUUAUACGCCGAGAGAAUUUGGAAUGUUCUUGCGCAGACAAUUAUCAUUCGCAAGAGUAAAGCCAAUUCCAAAUGACAUUGAUACUCCUAGUUGGAGUGAAGAUCAAAGCGUUAUGGAAACAGAAAACAAUUUUCAAUAG